AUGACUGGUCGAGCAGAGGGACACUAAUUGCUGUUCACAUCUUCACGGUCGCAUGGUGGCGUACCGGUGCUGAAACAAUGACGGUCGAACGAGCGACGUAGCGACCGAGCGCAUUCGUGUGCGCGCGGGGUGAUGCGAAAGCGUGACCUCGUGCUUUGAAAUGUUGAAUCUGCCAGCAGCAAAAAUGUGCGUAGAGUGGCGUUCGAGACAGUACAUACGUCGCCGUUGUCGCCGACGUCGCCAUCGCGGCGGACGCGUGGCUGCUGCCGGCAGCCUUCUUUCGUCGCCUUCGUGUGAUGAUGAUGAUGGUGGUGCCUCUCUCUCCAUGCCCCUCCGCGGCGCUGCUGUCAAGCCACCAAACAAUACUACCGUCCGCCGGCGCCGCCCAGCGCUUGCUCUGCUGCUCGUCGGUCGUCCUCAGCGCGCCUCGCCGACGCCCAGAUGCUCGCUGCUCGCUGCUAAAAACGGUGGCUUGGCCAAGCUUUGCCUGUCGUUGGCGGCUGCUUUGCCGAAACAGGGUCCGACGACGACGACGCUGCUGCUGCUGCGAGGCUGCGCAGUCCUGCCCUUCUACCACACGACGCCUCCCUCUAAUUUCACUGAACCCUCUCCAAGCCACACUACGCCCUCCCACUAUGCCCAGCGUACCCACGCCUCGCGCUUGACUUGUCAACUCCGGUAUCACAGCCAUGCUGCCAGCUUUCGAAAGAGAAGGCAAACUGGACAAGGUCAAGACUCAGCAGGUCGAGGUCGCCCGCUGCAACUUCGAGCGGCGCCCUUGACAAGCACAAGCGCGAGAAUGGCGCAUCUCGCUCUGGAUUGAGCCUCCGUCCUCGUCGUUGCCCUCACCGCCCUCAUCGCCGCUUCAGCUCGAGCCUUUGUCCCCUUUCGUUCGGUCAUUGCCCUUCGGUCCUCGUCACUGCUUGCCAGUCAAGCUCAGCCACCUCAUUGACUCGAGCAAGACCGCGAGCAAGACCGUGUGAAGAGGGUCUCCCGUCGGGCCCCGUCAGAGAUCCGUUCUAGAGCGGAUUCUUGUUGGUGCGGUGAGCGAACCCAGAUCAGCUAGGACGAGUCGCAGCAGCACAAGCGGCUGUUUUCAGCGACGAGUCAAUAAGCAUUGAGCUAGCCGUCGGACGCCAACACCGCACCACCGAUCAGCCACACUCUUGCGCCUCGCUCUCUUCUGU